AACUCCAUUCUCAUCUCGAAGUCGUCUAAUGCUACCACUACAAUCUCAACGAACGACCCUAUCACACCUACUGUAUCGUUAUCAGAUGCGAACAGCUGCGAUUCUUCACCCACCGGAUCUCCUAAAAGGGAGGAAGACUUGAGACACAACUUGCUAGGCAAGGUCACGGGCUUCUUCCACAAAUCGAUAACACGUUCCAGAGAUAAUUCGAUAUCAUCCGGAAGAGAUCCAUUAGAUAUGCUCCAAUCUCCCCCCAUAUUAAAGACUCCUUCAGCUCCAUGUACACCCAAGGAGUCUCCCUCUGAUGUCUCUACUGUCACGUUGAACCAUUACCGCUUUCCACAGUCUCCAUUAAAAAAGUCUUCGCCUCCAGUCAAGGAAACGAAGAAAGUGUUCUUAGAAUAUGAUCCUAUAAGUAGAAGGAAGGUGUUGAACACAUACGAAAUAUUAAGAGAAAUCGGAAAAGGUGAACAUGGGAAGGUGAAACUUGCUAAAGACUUGAUACACAAUGAGCUUGUAGCAAUCAAGAUCGUCAAUAGAAAGUCCAGACGUGACAGAGCGUCCAUGCGUAUGAUGCGUAGAUCUUCUUCCAAACCAAAUGCUUUCCAUAACGAUUAUGAAGUGAAGAUUAAGCGUGAAAUCGCUAUCAUGAAGAAAUGCAACCACAAGCACAUCGUCCAAUUGAAAGAAGUCUUGGAUGAUUUAAAUUCAAAUAAAAUCUACCUUGUACUAGAAUACCUUGAAAAGGGAGAAAUCAAAUGGAAGAGAUACGAAUCUGAAGCUGCUGUAACUCCAAGGACUGAUGAGAUUCCUUGCUGUGGAAGUAAUCCCUUGUACAAUAUAAAACAUCCUCAUCACGAAGAUGACUUCUUGUUGUCUGAUAUAUUUUCGCCAAAUUUGACCUUUAGACAAUCUCGUAAAAUUUUCCGCGAUGUGUUGUUGGGUUUAGAAUAUUUGCAUUUACAAGGAAUUGUACACAGAGAUAUCAAACCAGCCAACUUGUUGGUUAGUUCAGACAAUAUUGUCAAGAUCAGUGAUUUUGGCGUGUCGUUUGCUUCUUCAUUGAACGAAAACGAUGAAGGGUACCUAGUAAAUGAAUUAGAAUUGGCAAAGACAGCUGGAACUCCAGCAUUUUUCGCUCCAGAAUUAUGUCAAACGAACUUUAGCAGUUCUACACUGGAGUUGUCAUCUUCGAGAAACUCUGCAUCUUCUUUAGAAAUCCUUAAGAAUGACACUUUAAAGAUCACAAAAAUUCUACCCAAGAUAGAUUACAAAAUUGAUAUUUGGGCCCUUGGUGUUACGUUAUACUGUUUGUUGUUCGGAAAAGUUCCUUUCAAUGCUGACUCGGAGUAUGAAUUGUUCCAAGUGAUUGUAAAUCAGCCGUUGAUCUUCCCGGAAAACAAAGAUGCAUUUCAUUCUCCUACUAAUGUUACCGAGGAAGAAUUCGACUUGGCCAAGGAUUUAUUAUCUAAAUUGUUGGAUAAAAAUUGUGCGACUAGAAUCGAAAUUAAAGAUAUCAAAAUCCAUCCAUUUACUUUAAUGGAUUUGGAAAAUGAUUUGGUAGCUUUGGAUGAUUUACUUCAUAUGAACAAUGUAAAUGAUGAAGAUCACGUUCAACUAGACUUCGAACUUGAAGAAAAAGAUAUUGUUCUGCAAGAAGAGAUUGACAAUGCCGUCAUUGGAUUUGGUAACAGAAUCAAAAGAAGUUUGGUAACUGCUAUUCGUGCUGGCGGUAUGAAAGAUAGCGAAAUCAGAAACAAGUUUGCCGCUUUGCAAAUGGAACACUCCAGAAGUACCUCCAGUGAAGAUUCGUCCAGUAGCAAUUCCAAUUUCAAUUCUUCGACAAGAUUAACAGCAAAUUUACACAACAACCAUUCCAUGAUUCUUUCUGAAUCUUUCCAAGUCAGUACACCUCCAGUUUCAGGAGCAAUUAUCAAUACAAGAGGCAUAUCACAUCAAUCAGAUCACCAUACUUCUGUUCCACAUGUCCCAUCGCAUUUAUCUCAACAACUUUCACCAUCUCCAUCUGUAGCACGUUCUUCCUCGUAUUCUAUUGCGGGCAUUAGUAGAGAGGGAAGAAGCUUACUUCAAGACAUGAUUGAUUCGCAUAGUUCUUCUUCGAGUAGAAGAGGUUCUGUUGGAGUUAUAGAAGCUCCACAGAUUGAAACUAAGAGAAAUGUUGGAGGCGAUUUAUAUUUGACGAACCAAUCGGCGAUGGAUGCUUUCAAAGGUAUACAAGAACAGGACGACAAACGGAGAAGAAACUCCAGUAUGUUCUCUAGCAAACAUUCACAGCCAAGCACAGCCAAGAAUUCCAUUAGCUCAGCAUCUGAUGAGAAUUCUAAGUAUCACCAUCAUCACAUUAACAUUGCUGCUCCAAUUCCAAAUCAAUUGAAGAUUGGUCCUAUCAGUAUCGAGAAUGAUAGAAGACCAUCUUCUGUAAUGUCAUUACCUUUGAGUGAAAGUUUUGCAUCAUUGGAUAGUAUCAAUGACGAAUAUCUCACCUUGAAGUAUCAAGAAUACACGAACAAUAAGCUCAAACUUGGAGAAAGCCGUGGAACGGAGUUCCAUUCAGAUCCAAACCUUUUCCAUCAUUCUCCAGACGAUGUUACGUAUAACAUUAGUGAGAAGUUCAAAGUUUUUGAUUUAGGUUCGCUGAUGAAAAAUCAACUGGUGAAGGAGGAUUCUGGAAAUACAGGAAACUCUAGAAAUUACGACCAUGAAGGAAUUGCACCAACUACGAUGCCUCUCUCCAAGUAUACCACCUCUUCGUCGUACUCGUCAUAUUCUUCGAAAUCGACAUCUAGUGAUGAAGAAGAUGAUAGUGAUGAGGAGGGUAAUCUCACGCUUGCUUUCUCUUCAAAAGUCGCACAUCCUUCAAGACCGAAUUUCUUGACUUUGAACCAGAGAGCCAAGUCUCAUGAAUCUAACUUACCCCGGUUGAUUCAUAGUAGUGAUCCCAACAAUCACCCAACGUAUGAUGUGCCUAUCGUUUUUCAGGCUGAUUUACCUGUUUUUGAAGAUGUACCAGAAGACUUGAUGGCCAAUGUUCCAGCACCAACAAUUGAUACUCAUGCUAUUGUUGCGUCUCAUUCUAUGGUUUCCAGCAACGGAUCCAGUUCUACUUUGACUCCAGACUAUUCGAAUGCCUCUGUUUCAGAACUGAACCAAAAUGGAAAGCCAGGAGUGUCUGAAGCUGGUGCCGGCAAAAAGAUCAUUGCAAACUUGAACAACAGUCAGGUACGGGUCCCUUCACCGUUGGUAAACAGUAUGUUUCAUUCCAAGAGUACCAAUGCCGCCAUCCCAAGUGAGUCCAAAAGAAAGAUGGGAUUGAGAGAGAAUAUAUUUAACAGCCAGUUCAAUAAUCACUAUAAGAAGGAUCCGGUAUAUUCGCCGUUCCCCAAGGCUAUACAUCUCGAUAACGACAAGGAGGCACUUGUAAGAGCUACUAGUGAGAAACAAAAUAGCAAUAGACCCAACUACUAUAGAUCGAAUUCGAUCACCGUUGGUCUCUUGCAGCAUGUUCGAGACGGCGGCCUGGAAGAUGCUUAA